AUGCUCAGGGUAUUAUCAAGAAGAACUUCUCAAUUAUCUAAGGUGCGAAACUUUACUAAAGUUUCUGUUUCAAAAUUCUCUAAUGCGCUGUUGUUAUCUCAAGAGGUUACUAGCGAAUCUCCAAAGGUACCAUCAUAUUCAAGACCAAAGAUUCGUCUUGACAGCCUUUCAAGGAUUCUAGUCGAAACUAUUAAGACAACAGGCCCAUUAUCAUUAUCGUCUUAUAUGAAAACGUGUUUAACCCAUACGGAUUAUGGAUAUUACACUACUAAAGAUCCCCUUGGUAUCAGAUCAUCAGGGGAUUUUGUGACGUCCCCAGAAAUUUCACAAAUGUUUGGCGAAAUGAUUGGUGUGUGGUUUUUUACAGUAUACUUGACACAAAAUAAGCCAAACAAUGUCCAAUUUAUUGAAUUUGGUCCAGGGAAAGGUACUUUGAUGCAUGAUCUUCUCAAAUCAUUCAAUCAAUUGUUGAGAAGCUCUACAUUGAAAGAAAAAAUUAGCAUUGUUAUGGUUGAAGCGUCUCCACUUCUCAGGUUGGAACAGUUUGAAUUAUUAUGUGGGAAGGAUAAUAAGAUUAAGGAAAGUGAGGAUGGAAUCGGAUAUGUAGGUGUGACCAAAUGGGGUAACAAGAUCAGAUGGGUGGAUACCGAGCAGGAUAUUGAAGAAAUCGGACACAAAGAUCAUUCCAAUUACGUUGUUUGCCACGAAUUCUUUGAUGCUCUACCAAUCAAGCAAUUUGAAAAGACCGAGCAGGGUUGGAGAGAAUGUCUUGUUGACUACAUAUUGCCUGAAGACAGAACAACUAAAGAAAGUGAAGGAAGGUUGACUUUACCAAGCCAAACCACUAUCAAAUCUUCUGACUUGGAAGCUGAGAAGGAGCCAAGUUUCCAUAUGACUGUUUCUCCUAAGAAAACUACAUCUGCUUUUGUUCCACAACAGUCUCCUAGACAUAAUGCGUUACCUAUUGGUUCCAGAGUUGAAAUUUCCCCAGAGACUUUGACUUACUCUAAAAAGAUUCAUCAAAUUAUUACAUCCAAUGAAAAGCAACAGGGGGCAGCUUUAUAUAUCGAUUAUGGACCAGCGGACACUAUUCCAAUCAAUACUCUUAGAGGUAUCAAGGACCAUGCAAUUGUCUCUCCAUUUGUAAACCCAGGUACUGUUGAUUUGUCUGCGGACGUUGAUUUCCAGGGUAUCAAAGUUUUGCUGGAAAAUCUAGGAGGAGUGGAUGUCCAUGGCCCGGUAGAACAAGGUGACUGGCUCAAUGAAUUAGGAAUGCAAUACAGAGCUGAACACUUGAUAAAUAAGCUGAAGAAUGAUGCGGAUAAAGAGAGGAUUCUGAAGUCGUACAUCAGACUAGUGGAUAAGAGCGAUGCUGGUAUGGGAAAGAUCUAUAAGUUCAUGGGGAUUCUUCCUAAAGGGACCACAAAACCCGUUGGGUUCGGAGGGUCUGUUAGUGAGUGA